AUGCGGCGAAGCCCCCGUUCGGGCUCCAGCGCGGCCCCGCACAACCAUACACUCAACUUCUACAGUGACAACGACAACAGCUCAGAGAGCUCCACAUCGGAAGCCAGCAAGGGGCACCGGUCAGCUGGGCCGGGCUCUGGGGAGCUCGAGGGCAGAAGAACCCGGGGCUCAAGCUGCGGUGAGCCCGCCUUGAACGCAGCACUGCCCGAAGGAACCACAUGGCCUGGAAACUCUCGGCAGAAGCCGGCGCCCCGGAGCCACAAGGGGCCGACGGCCCGUAGCGCUGCAACCGUGAGGGGCGGGGCCUCGGUCUCUGAGGAGCAGCUCGACCUUCUCCCGACCCUGGAUCUGAGGCCAGAGAUGCCUCCUACUUCGCGGGUGUCCAAGAGCUUCCUGAGCCAUCUCUUCCAGGUCCGGAGCGUGCUGUUAUCUCUGCUGGUCUGUGUAUACAGGGAAGUAUGUUCCAUCCGCUUCCUGCUCAUCGCUGUGUCGCUACUGAGCUUCUUUCUGGCAGUUCUCUGGUGGGGGCUCCUGUAUCUGGUUCCUCCAUUGCAGCAUGAACCUAAGGAGAUACUGACUAUGAGAGAGUACCAUGAGCGCCUUAGUGCCCAGAGCCAGCAGCUGCAGCAUCUCCAGGCGGAGCUAGAGAAACUCCACAAGGAGGUGUCCAGCUUCCGCACCACUAACAGUGAGAGAGUGGCCAAGCUCGUGUUCCAGAGACUGAAUGAGGACUUUGUGCGGAAGCCAGACUAUGCGCUGAGUUCAGUGGGAGCCUCCAUUGACCUAGAGAAGACAUCCCACGACUACGAGGACACAGCCACCGCUUACUUCUGGAACCGCUUCAGCUUUUGGAACUAUGCACGGCCACCCACAGUCAUCCUGGAGCCAGAUGUGUUCCCUGGAAACUGCUGGGCUUUUGAGGGUGACCAGGGGCAGGUGGUGAUUCGGCUUCCAGGUCUCGUGCAGUUGAGCGGCAUCACCCUGCAGCAUCCACCGCCCAGCGUGGCACACACCGGGGAAGCUAGCAGUGCCCCCCGUGACUUCGCAGUCUAUGGCCUCCAAGUUGAUGAUGAGACUGAGGUUUUCUUGGGGAAAUUCACCUUCGAUGUGGAGAAAUCUGAGAUUCAGACUUUCCAUCUGCAGAAUGACCCUCCAGCUGCCUUUCCCAAGGUGAAGAUCCAGAUUCUAAGCAACUGGGGCAACCCCCGCUUCACAUGUUUGUAUCGAGUCCGUGCCCAUGGCAAGCGAACUUCAGAGGGGGCAGGGGACAGUACCACAGGGGCAGUUCAUUAA